GCCGUGCCCGCCCGCAGCCCCCCGGCCCCCGGCGCUCCGCUCCGCCCCGGCCGGCGCUGUAGGACCGGAGCAGCCCGCGGAGCCGGGCGCGGCGCGGGUGGAGCCGGGCGAAGGGCGGGGGUGUCCGCGCAGCCGGGGUUGAUGUUUAACCUGGAGCGCCCGUUCACGGAGAGGGGCCACUUCUUCUCCUCCAUGGAGUACCAGCGGCAGCUGGAGGAGGAGGAGGGCUACCCCCCUCCCGGCACCAAUGGGACCUUCAACGACAGCGGGGUCGGGCCGGGCUGGGGCACGCCGUACCCUCUGCACACCACCGUCACUCUCAUCAGCCUGGCCGGCUUGCUCAUGCUCUUCACUGUCUUCGGCAACGUCCUGGUCAUCAUCGCUGUCUUCACCAGCCGGGCGCUCAAAGCCCCYCAGAACCUCUUCCUGGUGUCCUUAGCCUCAGCUGACAUCCUGGUGGCCACGCUGGUCAUCCCCUUCUCGCUGGCAAAUGAGGUGAUGGGGUACUGGUACUUCGGUAAAGUCUGGUGUGAGAUCUACCUGGCCUUGGAUGUGCUGUUCUGCACCUCCUCUAUCGUGCACCUCUGUGCCAUCAGCCUGGACCGCUACUGGUCCAUCACACAAGCCAUCGAGUACAACCUCAAGCGUACCCCGCGCCGCAUCAAGUGCAUCAUCUUCAUCGUCUGGGUCAUCUCGGCUGUCAUCUCCUUCCCCCCACUCAUCUCCAUCGAGAAGAAGAGUGGGCAGCAGGCUGACCAGGGGGUGGCAGGGUGCAAGAUCAACGAUGAGAGGUGGUACAUCAUCUCUUCUAGCAUCGGCUCCUUCUUUGCCCCCUGCCUCAUCAUGAUCCUGGUCUACAUGCGCAUCUACCAGAUAGCCAAGAGGAGAACAAGGGUCCCGCCAAACAAGCGGGCAGAGCGCCCUGAGAAGAAGCAGAAUGGYUUGACUGACAAGGAGGACCUGCCAGCCACAGCACAGCUCAACGGGGAGAAGGCAGCAGGAGGCGGUGGCGAGCAGGAGGGAGAGGUCAAUGGCAUAGACAUGGAGGAGACCUCKUCCUCCGAGCACCAGGAGAACAACGAGUGCAAGAAGCCAGAGAAACCAUCKAGAGGAAAGACCAAGACUAAGCUGAGCCAAAUCAAGCCUGGGGACAGUUUGCCCAGGAAGACGGAGGAGGAGAGGAACACCAAAGGGUCCCGGUGGAGGGGCAGGCAGAACCGGGAGAAGCGCUUCACCUUUGUGCUUGCGGUGGUGAUCGGGGUCUUUGUCAUCUGCUGGUUCCCCUUCUUCUUCACCUACACGCUGAUGGCCGUCUGCGAGAGCUGCUCUGUGCCCGACACCCUCUUCAAGUUCUUCUUCUGGUUCGGUUACUGCAAUAGCUCCUUGAACCCCGUCAUCUACACCAUUUUCAACCAUGACUUCAGACGGGCCUUCAAAAGGAUCCUCUGCAGGCUAGAGAGGAAAAGGAUUGUUUGAAGGACCCUUUGCUACUGACGGGACUGAUCAAGACUUUGAAGGAGUCUAGUGUGUUUCUCUCUCGGGCUGUGCUUGCAUGGGAUGGUUUCCUUCAGCUCGUGAGCAGGAAGCCUUUAAAGCCUGAGAUGAGCCUGUGGGAGCACCGGGCAGCAGCAGUGAGGAGCAGCAGGCAAGUGGAGAUCCGAGCCGUGGCAUUCGGCUUUCCAGGGGAGGAUGGCCUUUGACUUCCUUGGUAUAUUUUGUCAGGUUGUUUUUUGUUUUUUGUUUUUUUUUCUUUUGCCAGAAUCUCUCAGUGGAUAUUCUCAUGACKGCUCAGUUUGACUCUUUAAAGACAAACAAAGUGCAGCUCUGUGAGAUGAACAACAAAGAGGGAGUAUGCCACACCAGAGGUGUUGGCUUUUUUUAUUUUGUUGUCUCUUUUUCCCCCCCUGUUGUAUAUGUAAUGAAUUUUCACCCCCUUGUAAAAUACAGUAUUGUAUUCUUGAAUUUGAAUGUCUUAAUUUUUGUAAGGCAAGCAGCUUUGAAACUGUGAAUGCUUUAAUUAUCUUUGRUACCUUAAAAGUCUUUCUUUUCCUAUCCCGUGCAAAGCCCCUCACCCUAAACCACUGAACAGCUAGAGCCAUCCCCCUACCUGACAGCUGACAGUUUGAUAAUAUUACCAAAAUCUCCAAAUUCCUGGUUUGUUUUUUUGUUAAUUUUUUAAAAUUUUGUCUGCAAAGCUUAGGAUCACAGACGUCACCAGACUGGCUGUUUUAGUUGCUAUUUUUUAAUGUCAUACCUGUUUCUGUUUAAUUUCCGUGUUGCCUGUGACACAAUACAGCUGAGAUGGCACCUGCCAUCUCAUAGCUCAUGAAAGCAGACCCUGAUGGAGCGGUGGCUUUGCUGUGCAGGCAGGGAUGUCCCAGGCAACGGGGGCUGUCUCCCUUGCAGCGUGAGCCUUGGGACCCAGCCAAGCUCCCACGAGUUAAUCUUGUUUGAUUUUAUACCACUCYGCAGCGCUGAAAUGCGUUCGAUGCUCGCUUGCUUCCUCCACCUCAACUGUAAAUAGGUAACGUUUCAAAGCAAACAACAGGGCUCUGCAUAUCCCGUUGUCUCAUCUGUGCUGAUUUGUGAUGGUUUAACUCCYGCAGGAUUUCCUGCAGAGGGGAGGGGGUUUGUGCACAGUGGCCAUUUGUCUUUCUCGAUUAUGGAGAAGAGUUAAGUUUUUAACCUGCCAGUCUCAUCUUUCCUAUGAAAUAGGGAAGCAUCCCUCUGUCAGUCUUAUACAGGGCAAAACUCCGAAAUGGGAAACUUAAUUGAGAGUUUCUCCAUUAUUUUAUAGUGUAAUUAAGCUAUUGCUUUKKUUUUUUUUUUUUUUUUUUUUUUUUUUUUUUUUUCUUCAAAAGUGUAAAUAUUGUGAGAUCGGAGCAGGAGAGAGUUAAUAUGGCUUUUACACUCUUUCCUGAAAUGGCUUUCAGCUCUUUCUGCUAAAACAAACCAACAAAAAAAACCAAAACAAAACAAAACAAAAAAAAACCACAACAGAAAACAAAAAUGGACAGAACAAAUCUAACAUCCUUGUGCCAUGAAUAAAUUUCUGGAGAACAUUUAUAGGAAAAAAAUUUUGAUUUAUCACAAUAAAUGACUGUGACUCUGCAAGUCUUUUAAUGUUAUGAAAACAGCUUUAUCAAAUGCUGACAAGCCACAGAAAUGGUUUGGAGAAAGCAAAGUUUCUAUAAGUUUAAUGUAUAAGAUGAAUUUGCCUUCUCUGGAGUCAUAUGGUGCACAGGAAGAGACUGAGACUUUAAAAAUAUGUUUUUACUUUUGGGAAGUGUUUUGUUGAUUUUGCUCUCUCUUUUGACUUUCUAAUUAACUCCAAGUGUCCCCGGAUCCAGUGGGACCUGGAGAGCAGUGUUUACAUUCAYGUGCAUUUUCAGAACUGAAUCCUCAAGAGUUGAGGAAAGCAAAUAAACUGUGCUUUAAUGUAAAAACAAAACAAAACCAAACCACAAGCAGAAGUUGCUAUAAUGGAUGAUUAUUUUUAUUAAAUAAAAGAGCGUUUACAGAUCAAGUG